AUGACGUACCUCGAAAUGACAGCGGCAACCCGGCCGGCAGAGCAUCGUUGCAAACUAUCAACCCGGGAGGUCAACUUUAAGCCAUGGAAGUACACCGCGCAGCUCCUACUCACGGUUUGGCCGGUUUUCCUGGGCUUCGGAAUCGUGUUGAAUUUGCUGGCGUUGAUUGGGGUGUUAAAAGAACCAGCCCUCGGAGGAAGGCAUGAAAAUGUGGUCUUGUCGGAAAUCAUUUUCAACGUUAUUCGAGGAAUUUUCGGAUUUGCCGUCGCAUUAAUGGGAGCUCAUGGGAUCUUUUCAAAGUCUUUAAGAAGUUUAGAAUACUGCUAUUUUGGAACGUUUUGCCUGUUAGUUUUUACGUUCAUUGGUCAGCUCGCGUUGGUCUGCCUACUGGCGCAGUAUUAUUUUUUGGCAAUGAUAGCAUUUUUUGCUCUCUGGCUAUCCUUUGUGAUGUGGGUGCUAAAGAAGAAUAUUAUGGCUUUAGAGAUUUGUCAAGAAUGUUAU